AAAUAGCAGGAUGUUUUGAGGUGGAUGAUGUUACUGUGUCGUUCAGCAUCAUUUUCCAGUCCAGCUCGCUGCAUUUCCAAGUCAGAAAUACUCUCGAUCAAAAACCAGUUAUCUUAGUAAUUUAUAUUGCAUUAUUUCUGGGCCAAAACAAUGUCGCUUGGUUCAGUGCGAAACCCCCCUCCUUUCUUAGACAGCGAGGACCAGGAGCCGGAGUACGACACAGGAGACCUGGAUAGCGACGAUGGAGAGGAGAUAUUCACCGGCACAAGCAAUAAGCCAUUUGUGUCAACGCCACCCGAGACUGACCCCUCCUCGGACAUCUUUAGCGAAGAAGGGUCGUACACAGUGCAGAAACAUACGGCUCCGAAAACCAACGGCGUUCAGUCCGAUGAAGAGCUGGAUUUGUUCGCAGAGGCAACCGUAGAACUGACCCUGACCGCUCCAAAUAGCCGAGGGAGAAAAGAAAUAAUCGGGCCAACUGAACCUCUUUCUACCACAGUAAACACUCAUGGCAAGUUGCACGUGGCCAACACUUCAAACAAGCCCUCGGAAGAGGUAGAAGAGGAGGAAAGUGGGGACACAUUUGAGCUUAACAUAGCUGUCACAAAUCCUGAAAAAAUGGGAGAUGGCAUGAAUGCUUACAUGACCUAUAAAGUGUCAACACAGACUACACUGCCUGCUUUUCGCAGUAAAACAUUCUCUGUGCGUCGGAGGUUCAGUGAUUUCCUGGGUCUGUAUGAGAAGCUAUCAGUGAAAUACAAUCUGAUGGGCUGCAUCAUUCCACCCCCACCUCAGAAGAGCGUGGUUGGCAUGACUAAAGUUAAAGUAGGGAAAGAGGAUCCAUCCUCAGCUGAGUUUGUAGAGAAGAGAAGAGCAGCUCUGGAGAGGUAUCUCCAAAGGGUAGUAUCUCACCCAGCACUGUUACAAGACUCUGAUGUUCAAGAGUUUCUGGAGAGAGAAGAGUUACCUAGGGCAGUGAACACCCAGGCUCUGAGUGGAUCUGGUUUCCUCAAGAUGAUAAACAAAGCAUCAGAUGCUGUGAACAAGAUGACCAUAAAGAUGAACGAGUCGGAUAAUUGGUUUGAGAGCAAGCUGCAGGAGGUGGAGAAUGAGGAGCAGUUGUUGAGGAGGCUCCAUGCUUCAGUUGAUUCGCUGGUUAAUCACAGAAAAGAGUUGUGUAGUAACACUGCCAUGUUUGCCAAGAGUGUGGCGAUGUUGGGCAGUUCGGAGGAGAACUCUGCACUGUCGCGUGCGCUGUCUCAGUUAGCAGAGGUGGAGGACAAGCUGGAGCAACUGCAUCAGGAACAGGCCUUCAGUGACUUCUUCACCCUCACAGAGCUGCUUGCAGACUAUCUGCGACUGUUGGGAGCUGUCAGGGGUUGUUUUGAGCAGCGUAUGAAGGCCUGGCAGCGUUGGCAGGAGGCACAGAGCACUCUUCAGAAGAAACGAGAGGCUGAAGCUAAACUUCUCUGGUCCAACAAGCCUGACAAACUACAACAGGCUAAAGAAGACAUCACUGAGUGGGAGGCUAAAGUGGGCCAGUGUGAAAGAGAUUUUGAGAGGAUCAGUUCCACCUUGCGGAAGGAAGUGCACAGAUUUGAGAAAGAGAAGUGCAGAGAUUUCAAACACCACAUAGUGAAAUACCUGGAGUCUCUCCUUCGCUCACAACAUAGGUUGGUGAAGUGCUGGGAAGCAUUCCUUCCGGAGGCUAAAGCAAUUGUGUGAAACCUCUGCCUGAUGAUGUUGCAACUGCCCCCUGUACAUUCCUGACCUCUAAACACUACUACACUCACUCUCUUAACAUGCAAACAUGCAUAUACAUAAACACAUAUGCACUAAAGAGGAAAUCACUUUUUACCCAGGUUUAUAUUUGUUCUCAUUUCAAGUGAUGCUGUUUCAUUCCAAAAUUCAUUCAGCUGAAAUUCUACAGCUACAGCUCUGGUUGUUCUGCAAACUCAGAAACAGCAUUAUUGACACUUCUCUAUUGCAUUUUAUUAUUCAAAUCACUCCAUGUUAUUAUUUGCAAGAUACAAUAUUCAUAUUAGCUAAAUGUUUUGUAGGAGUUUUCACGUAGAAAGAAAUGCAAAGAGUACUGGCAAACUAAACACAGUAAAAUCCCUGCUUGAACUGGUAACGUAACCUUCAUGGACAUAGCAGUGAGGUCUUGUCUGCUGUGAAAAGUACACACUAACUUUGGGUUAAAACAUCAGAAUAUAAUUUUAAAGAUUUAACCCACCCAGUCUAGGGGUAUGAGGAGGUAACCUGAGUUGGCACAGCUGUGAGAAGUAGUGAGGUGAGCCAGGAAAAGAAGAGAAGUAGACACUGACAAACUCUAAAAGUCAAACAGCUGAAUUUUAUUGUUAUACUCAAUAUUAAUGUUGCUGUGGGUCAAAGAUGAAAAAAAGCAUAACAUAAAAGAACAUGUACCUGAGAGAGAAGGACUUGGAUGGUGCCAAUGAAAGUAAAUAAUAAAACAAAAACAAGCCUAGUGUGUAUAAACAUGAGAAGAAUCCUACAAGCAACUUUACAUGCGCAUACAGACUUAUCUGCCCUGCCUUCUUGUGUCAAAGGUACAAGCUAAAUUAAUAGAGAAAAAAAGACAGUAGCUAAGCUCAUAAUGAAUACAUAAUAAAUGAUAAAGACGACCUGAGCAUUUAGCCCCAAGGAACAGCUUUUCCAUCUCGUAGUCCCUAUCCCUUCCCCAGUCUCCUCCAUACUGCUCCUUCAGCUGCGUUUAAUGCCACAAGCUCCUCCUUCCUGGGCAGUGAUCAAAGCACCCAUUAGAGUUUGCUGUGGUAUCCAGGGAAUCUUCAGGAGAAAGGAAACCCCAAAAGCGUGGAGAGAAAAGAACACAUACAGGCCCUGUCAUGUAGAAAUGUGUGGGAUCUGCGGAUUAAAGUUUGGAAGUUAUUUAGACUGAGCACUGACACUGCUCUUUGACACGAGGUUGUACACUCUAUGCAGUAGUCUUGUUUUUGUGCACAUGUGUGAUAGUUUGCAGCUUGAGUAACAUUUCUGUUGAACAGCCCAAAAAAAUGGCCUGGUUAAAAGAAAAAAAAAGUUUUGCUUUUUCUGCUCUUAAGAUUCACUUUGACACUAAAUGAUGUUGGUGCUGUAUGACGCUGAAGUGUUAAGGCCCAGUGUGAUUUUCUAUGAUGGCACUGCUUUAGUAAUCAGUCAGUGACUUAAACUAACAUCACUGCCACUCUUGAAGAGCUUUUGCAGUUAUUAUGGAUUCUUCUUAAAUUUCCGUACCUUUUUCCAAUUUUUUAAACAUGCCCUUAGGGAACUUCAACUCUUGAAUCAGAAGAAUAUUUUAUUUCUGAGACAAAGAGCUUUGUUUGCCAUUACUCCAUGUUUGAAAAAGGAAUUGCAUCAAAUCAGUGAUCUCUGGGCAGCUGACUUGUUCCCUUGUUGCCUUGUCUUCCGAAGGGAUCAUCUAUCAAACUUUCAGUUGAAUUACUAUAGUGAUGGGACUGCCCUUAAGAUGGUGUCGAUUGUUGAGGUUAAAGUGGGUGGUUUGUAAAUUCAAAUGUUCAAAGGCUUACCAUGUAGUUCGGGGGAGGGGAGGGCAGUUGAAUUUAGUACUAGAAAAGUGCUGCGUUGAAUCAAUAGAGCAUAGCACAAAGAUAGCAAAAGAUUCUGGAUUUUUAAACAAAAAAGUUCUGAAAAACUUAAUAUGCUAAAGUUUUGAAGGAAGAAGGGGCAAGUCACAUAUUUUCAGUGUAAUUUCACAUUUAAUUUACUGCACUUUUCACACAUUUACAUGAAACCUAGUUUCAUUGUAAAAAAGUAUACACAAUUUAAACAUGGUCAAUCUGCAGAGUAAAACUGAUAAGACUAUGGUGUGGAAAUGCAUAUGGGAAGUGGAUGUUUUUGUCCAGGUCGAUGUUUCAUAGCCUGAAGAGGUAGAUGUCCUUUUGUGUUACAAUUGGUGUGUACAUUAGGUAUGAAUCAAGAAUUGUCAGUGGAGUAUCUACACUGACAUUAUUCUAGCCCAAGAUAUUUGCAUUUGCGUGCAGAAAACUUUCAAAAUGUGUAAUAUUGUAUCUGGUAUGAAGUGCAGUGGUCUUUCUGACAUUCUCUACUCCACACUUAAGUAACUCAAAAUGAAAUAUUUUCAUUAUGAAUUUUUUUUUUGUUUUUCUUAUUCAAAAAGGUGCUCAAGAAUCUGUGGUAGUAAAUGUGUGCUAUGACAUUCAUCUGAUGAAUAUCUGAGCCAGCAAUUGAGUGAAAAGUUUGAUUUGAAUAUACAGUGAUAUGCUAUGAUCUUGUGUUGUCUUCACUGCUAAUCUGAUUAUUAAAGUGUGUGUGUGUGUGUUUGUGUGUUUAAAAGCGCUAAAAAGAAACUCCCCCAUCCUACCUCUGAUUAAAAAUUACUUUCAUAUGUGAAGCAUGUCAUUACUUAGUUUCUAGUAAAAUCAGUUAUUUCCUGUAAUGAGAUUUAAGCAUUGGACCCCUUUUAUCAAAUACUUGAUUAGUGUAAUAUUAUAAUUCUCCUGCACAUAAGGUUUGAUAUCCCUAAUAAUUGUGCCAUUUGCAUGAAGCAAAGACAGAUUUUAUGACAGUGAGGCAAUCAUUAGCCAUUAACGAUCAUACAAAUAAAACCACAAAUAAAAUGACAAGCCUUUAAGAAGCAAAAGAUGUAUACAGAAAGGCAUUAACAUUCUUUACUAUUGCAAAGCAUACACCCCACAAAGAAUAUAUAUUAAUAUCUCUGACAGUAGUUUCAAAGUUCUUGCAGGCCAUAGCUCUGCAGAGAUGAAUGUAGUUCCCUCUUCCAAUGCUGAAGAUCACUCGAGAAGCUUGCUACUUAUGAAUUCAAUCACAAUGUUUAAUGAGGUAAAAUGAAACUUUGCAGUGCUGUUACUUGUGGGCUAUGAAAAGGUGUUUCACUGUCUAGUACAGUGAUUCCUAAUGUUGUUUCCUAAAGUACCACUGUUUGCACAGUUCAGUAUUUUCUUUGCUCCAGCAUACUCUGUAUAACUCGGGUCACACAGGUUGUUGUGGCCAGCUGCAGUGCAUCUGCAGUCAGUGGACAGUGUGCAGACAACAUAUGAAGAAUAAAGUGGACCGAAAAACA